AUGACUGUAAGUCGCUUUGGAUAAAAGCGUCUGCUAAAUGGCAUAUUAUAUUAUUAUUACAACCAUCGAGAUUAAUUGUCAUAUCCAACAGCAGAUAUCCAUUGAUUUCUCAGAGGACAAACCAUCCACAAAGACAAACUGAUGAGAUAAGAUUUAAACCAGGCAAUAUCCAGGCAAAUAUCUCCAACAUGUGGGCCCAUAUGAUGCUUCACACUGAGUCAUAUGUGCCAGCAAACAGCCGGAUCUGGACCUUAUAACAUUUUCCAGCACUGAGCCAUAUGUGCCACCUAACAGCCAGAUCUGGCCCACAGUAAUUUGCUUUGUUAACUGAAAGAGAGAAUGGUUUUUAUUAUACAAUUUCAAAACAUUAUAGGAUAUCAGUGGCAGUGAGGCUGAAUUAUUUGAUACAAUUUACACGUUUCAUAUAUGGAGAAAACACAAACGAAAAAAUGUAAAUGUAAAUACACAUUGAUUAAAAAAAAACUGGUGUUAAGAUAUGUAGGCCUCUGUGACAGUGACAAUAGUUGUAUUCUUGCGUCAUGUAUACGUCUUAAUGAGGAAGGAAAUUACAGCCCUGACCACUUAUGUGUCAACCAUAAACUCACUGCCAGUAAGUUGUCUUACAAAACCACUCCCCUUCACUCUGUAAGUACACUCAAAGAUAUCAUAUAAUAUUGUGUUUGAUAGUAUGUUUUUGUCAUGAACCAUGUUCUUCUGGGUAAUGAUAUUGAUAGGGACCCUUGUAUCAAAGCUAUAGUCAGGGUUAUAAUAUUAAAACAGAUUUGAAGCAAUACAUGAAUCAUUAUGUGUAUACAGUGCUACAGACAGGUCUGUUCAAUAAGUGACUGUUGUUCACCCCUUAAUUGAUGUGUAGGGUGUAGUAAUUCACCAGCUAUAUAGUGAGUUGUUGUUUAUGUUUCUAAGACUGCAGGGUGGGAGAUGCAACAAUGGCCUUGAGAACAGCAGGAUGUGUGUUGGUGGUCUUUCUCUGGUAUGUGGAAGCAACUACGGCAACAAAGUGUGAAGAAAAAAGCCAAGUUAUGGUGUCUCCCACCAACGCAGAGAAGGGACAGGAGGUGACACUGACCUGUAGCACCACCAGUGACAACCCCAACCCCACCUACAUCUGGUACAGGAACGGACAACGUCUAGAUGAAGCCACCUCCAAACAACACUCUGUCAAGAUUUACUAUUCAGACAGCUACUCCUGUGCUGUCAAAGGCUGUGAGGCUCUCUGCUCUCCUGCAGUGUGUGUUCUGGAUCAGAACUGUUUCAACGUGACUUACACCCUUCAGAGUAUCUGUGCUAUGAAGGGCUCAACAGUGGAACUGCCCUGCACAUAUCAACAUCCAAGUAAUCAUAUAGUCUCAGAAGCUAACUGGUAUAUCCAAGAGAAACGUGAUGAAGGGCUUAAAAUCCUGACCUCAGAGUGUGCAGAUCCUGUGGUGUUUGGUGUGGACAAAGAGAAAGAUUGUACCCUGAGAUUCAAAGACAUGAGAGCGAGUGAUUCAGCUGAGUACAAGUUCAGAUUUAAAACACAGUUUUCAGAAUGGGGGUACAGCUUCCCUGGAACAACUCUGACUGUCACAGGUCUGCAGGUGAAGGUGACUCCUGCCACAGAGAAAGGGAUUCUGACACUGACCUGUAGCACCACCUGUACUCUGACUGACGACCCCAACCCCACCUACAUCUGGUACAAGAACGGACAACGUCUCACCAACUCAAAGACCCAAGAUAACUACCUCUCCCUAGACCCAGUCAGCAGUGAGGAUGCAGGCAGAUACUCCUGUACUAUAGAAGGCUACAAGAAUCUCCACUCUCCUGUAUUGUCUGUGGGGGAACAAUCGUCUUUGAAGGAAGCAGCUGUAGGAAUCAUAGUGGUUGUUCUGAUUCUCAUCCUCUGUCUCUCUGGCUUCAUGUGGUUCAGGAAGAAGGCCUCCAUAUCCACCUCUGACAUAAGAGACACAGCAGAGCAUGGACAGAGAGACUCUAGUCCAGUGUAUGACAACGUCUCAGGCAUGGCCAUGGCUCCUAAUGCAGCACAGAGAGCGGACACAGGCGAGCAUGAUGACGUUCACUACGCCAGUGUCCACCACAAAAAACAGGAAGUGCCUCAGCACUCCACCGUUCAACUGCCUCAGCCACAGAAACAGGACGAGGAUGUCCAGUACGCUGCUGUGAAAUUCAACCACCCCAGUGCUACUCAAUAGACUGUCUUUCAGUCAGAUUGAUGGUUGUUGUGUUGAGAUGCCAGUAGAAAGCACUGUAGUACAGUACACUGAAAACACCAGGUUUUAGUGUAGCUGGUGAGACAUACAGAAUACACAGAGAAACCAUAAGCCUAUUGUUAUGGGCACAAAAAUGCAUUUCUUGUAAAGACCUUCACUGACGUGUUGUUAGGAAGAGGCAUCAUGAAGACAAGACGCCAGCUCUGCAUCCCCAUUUUAGCCCCUCAGUACAUCUAGUUGGUGUCAACCACAGACAUCACAUUAUUCUGUUUUCACAAAGCCAGUAAUGUCUCCUACCAAACCUCUCUCUCUUCACCCUGUAACUUGAUAACAGCUUAUACUGAACCUUACCAUUCUAAUUAAUUUGAUUUUUUUGCAAUAUGAAUGCUUGCAUGUGAAUAAUAUAGUAAAAUGAUGGAGUGUGGUUUCAUAUAUUUUGUUUUGUUUAGCAUUGCUGAUUCCAUAUAAAUGUUUUAAUAAGGACUGUAUUUCAAAUAUAUAUAAUUGACUAUGUAGAGGAGACCAGGAUAUGUUGUUGGCCUGGGUCCCAACACUCAAUGUUAUAGUCAUGGUCCUUAGAAUAAAACAGGUUUAAAUCAAUCGACAGAAACAUGUGUCUUACAGUGCUACACAUCUGUUAUAAUAAGUGCUUUUUCCUGCUUAAUUGAAGUAUCAGUUGUAGUUUUUCACCAGUUAUAAAGUGUGUUUGUUGUCUAUCUUUAUGUUUCUAAGACUGCAGGGUGGGAGAUGCAACAAAAGGCUUGAGAACAGAAGGAAGUGUGUUGGUGGUCUUUCUCUGGUCUGUGUCAGGUAUCGUAGCGGGUGAUUUUGGAAGGAGUCAGGCGCAGGAGGGUAAAUCACAGAAUUUAUGGUUUAUUCAGGAACACAGUGGUACGCAGCAAUGCGUAAAACACUCCAGUGCGGUAAAUACGGCGCACUGGAGAAAACAAG